AUGGGCAAACUCUACACGAUCGGAGUGGCAUGCUUUGCUGCCACCGGUAGUUUCUUGUUUGGUUAUGACUCCGGUGUCAUGACCGAUGUCAUUGCGUCGCCCAACUUCCUCGACUUCUUCAACACGACAAAAACAUCCUCAAUCAUCGGAGCAAUUAACAGUACCUUUUCUGGUGGAGCCGCUAUCGGAGCCCUGACGGCCGGUCUGACAAUCGAUCGUUUUGGAAGAAAAGCGACCAUCCAAAUCGGCGCCUUGCUGGCCACCAUAGGCGCUAUCCUGCAAUGCGCUGCCAUGCAAUUGGCCAUGAUCCUGGUGGGUCGCAUCGUGGCCGGCUGGGCCGUUGGCACCCUCAGCAUGUCUGUUCCUGUUUACCAGGCUGAGUGUGCGCAUCCCAAAACGCGAGGCCUGAUUGUUGGUCUGGCACAGCAGAUGAUUGGCGUGGGAUUUAUCGUUAGCACAUGGAUCGGCUAUGGAUCUCUCCACGCCCCGGAUAGUAAUAGCGUCCAGUGGAGAUUCCCGCUGGCAUUCCAAGGACUGCCUGCGCUUAUGCUCUUCGUUGGGUUGUUUUGGCUGCCAGAAUCUCCGCGUCAUUUGAUAGAAAAGAGACAAGAUGAGGAAGCCCUUCGCGUGUUGAAGAGACUUCAUUACGACGGCACCAACGAAGACUGGAUCCAGACCGAGUUUACGGAAAUCAAAGCCACUAUCGACGCAGAGAGAGAAUUCACCGCGCCCGGAUGGCUGGUUAUGUUCCGGGUGCCGCAAUGGCGGACACGACUGCUCCAAGGCACUUUGGUUCAAACCUUCACUCAAAUGACAGGUAUCAAUGUCAUCAACUACUACCAGAAUAUCAUGUACGUCCCCGACGUCCCUCAUGCCCUCACAAUCACCACCCAAAAUCUAACCCUCAACCCAAGGUACGAGAACCUAGGAAUCACCGGCAACCGCGCCACGCUCGUAACAGGCAUCUACAACGUCGUCGGGCCCCUCGCCAACCUGAUCUUCAUCACCUUCUUCCUCGAUCGCGUCGGCCGUAAGAAGCCCCUUCUCUUCGGCGCCUCCGCCAUCACCGUCGCCCUCGUCUGCGAAGCAGCCCUCAACUCGCAGAACCUCGACGGCACCAGAACCGGCUACAGCAUCGGCGGCGUCUUCUUCCUGUUCUGCGUCACCUGUAUUUUCUCGGCGUCGUUCGGCUCCAUUAGCUGGGUCUACAUGUCUGAGGUCAUGCCUAUGCAGAUUCGUGGCAAGGGAAACGCUUUCGCUACGGGCAUCGGUAAUUGGGUCGUUAGUACCAUUUGGAGUCAGGUGUCUCCGAUCGCGCUGGACAAGAUGGGCUGGAAGUUUUAUUUUAUUUUUGCGGCUUUUAACGUCUUCAUCACCAUCCCGGUCAUCUUCAUCUGGUUCAAAGAGACCAAGCAAAAAUCACUCGAAGAAAUCGAUCUCCUCUUCGGCGGCAGAGCCCUCGGCAUGCUCAGCAACGAUCUUAACGAGAAAGGACUGGAAGUAGAAGCUCACCACGAGGCCGUGGAGCAGGUGGAGCAUGCCCCUCAGAAGGAGAAUUAG